GUCUGGAGCUACAAAUUUACAAAACAAAACAAAUUGGAGAAACACACAGAAAAAAAAAAUUCAAUUUCUUGUCAUUUUAAACCUUGAUUCAGGCUCCGCAGACGAAACUUUAUUCGAAAAUGUCAGACGAAGAUGAUGACUACAUGUCUGACGCUAUCUUGAAUGCAUGUGCCAAAAAUGACGUGCGACCAGGCCUUGUUCACAAGCACUCGGUUCAAAGGAGUCACAUUAUCGAGAAGAGAAGAGCUGAUAAAAAUUAUGAGAAUCAAAUGAACAAUCCAAAACGAGGACGACUGGAAGCUGAGCGACGAGAGGAGGGUCUUGAAAAGCCAAUCGGUCUGGAAAACAAGGGAUUUGCAAUGCUGCAAAAGAUGGGAUACAAACCAGGAAGCUCGAUCGGAAAGGAUAGUUCGAGUGGACGGAUUGAGCCGGUUCGGGUUGUCUUGAAGACAGAUCGUCAAGGACUUGGCCGAGAAGCGGCCCUGCAGGAAGUGGAAGUGCGCAAAAUGAAAAUUAGGGCCAACAGACUUGAAAAGCUGUCCGACUACAGAAGCCAAUUGAGCUCCAAAUUUUCGUCAAAAGCCACUGUCAGAGAUCUCAAACUUAGUCAAAUUACUUGUGAAAAUUUAGACACAAAAAACAAUAUCGAGAGUCCACCCUAUCCGUGGUUUUGGAGAGAAAAGAAGGAAGAGCCGAAAGUGGAAGAAGAAACUGAAGAGGAUGAAGCAGAGGAAAAGAAGGAGGAAGUGGUGGAGGAGGAAGAAGAGCAGCUUGAGCCUGAAGAUCAACUGGAAAUUUUAACCAUUUAUCUAAGGCGAACGUAUUUGUAUUGCAUUUGGUGUGGCACGCAGUACGAAGAUGAGGAUGAUCUCGCACAAGAGUGCCCAGGAAGCACUAGGAAUGACCAUUAAAAUUGAAAUCGAAGUGUUUUUUUAAUUGUUAUUAAUUAAACUGGAAUAAUUAAAAAU